UCGGCGGGGGCGCGCUCGGGAGCCGGGACGGCGGGAGCCGCGGCGCAGCCUUCCCGGGCCGCCCGCACGCGCCGGCCAUGGCCGAGCACGGCUGCCCGCUGGAGGAGGCGCCGCUGCCCGCCGAGGUGCGGGAGAGCCUGGCCGAGCUGGAGCUGGAGCUGUCGGAAGGUGACAUCACUCAGAAAGGAUAUGAAAAGAAAAGGGCAAAAUUGCUUGCCCGUUACAUGCCACUUGUUGCAGGUGCAGACCUGCCCCCUUCCAUGGGGAACAGGCUCCCUGGGCCUUCACAGACGACGGCCAUGCUCAAGCCAAAGUCUCGGCCAGCCACCUCCCGGGACGAGCGCUUCCGCUCAGAUGUGCACACCGAGGCUGUCCAGGCGGCUCUGGCCAGAUACAAGGAGAAGAAGAUGCCCAUGCCCUCCAAGAGGCGCUCGGUCCUUGCACACACGUCGGCUGGAGCUAGCACCCCCCCAGACACGUCGUCUGCCUCAGAAGAUGAGGGCUCUUUACGGCCUCCCGGGCAACGCGCCUGCACUCCGCUCCAGAGCCGUCCCAGCGUCGAGCCCUGGCUCGACCGGGUCAUUCAGGGCUCGUCCACCUCAUCCUCCGCAUCCUCCACCUCAUCUCACCCGGGAGCGAGACCUGCCGCUGCCCCCAGCCACGCUGCCACGCCAGGGGCUGCUGCCGUCACCGCACUUGCAGGCCUCGUGGCCCACACCCACAUAGAUCUGCAGUCCGCCCCUCCUGACGUCACCACAGGCCUGCUGGGGCACCUGCACUGUGAGCGUCCACAAGUGGCCUCUGUGAGAGGCGUUCCCCGGGGGCCCAGCACAAGAGUCCUGGAAACAGCUGAUGGGGUCCCUGUGAACAGCAGAGUGUCUUCCAAGAUCCAGCAGCUUCUCAACACACUGAAGAGGCCCAAGCGCCCUCCACUGAAGGAGUUCUUUGUGGAUGAUUUUGAGGAGCUGCUGGAAGUUCAGCAACCAGAUCCGAGUCAGCCCAAGCCGGAGGGGAGUCAGACGGUGGUGCUGAAGGGGGAACCUCUGUCGGCGGGCACACCCUGGCCACCGUCCCUGCUGGCUGCGCUGCGGCACUGGGGAGUGACGCAGCCCAAAGCCCCCUGCCUGACUGCACUGGACACAGCGGGGAAGGCCGUCUGCACCCUAACCUACGGAAAACUUUGGAGUCGGAGUUUAAAACUAGCUUAUACUCUACUUAAUAAACUGACAAGUAGGAACGAGCCACUACUCAAACCUGGAGACAGAGUGGCCCUUGUAUUUCCAAACAGUGACCCAGUGAUGUUCAUGGUUGCGUUUUACGGUUGUCUCCUGGCCGAGCUGGUUCCUGUGCCCAUAGAGGUGCCACUGACAAGAAAGGAUGCGGGCAGCCAGCAGGUGGGGUUCCUGCUGGGCAGCUGUGGAGUCACGCUGGCCCUGACUACGGAUGCCUGUCAGAAGGGCUUGCCCAAGGCACAGACGGGAGAAGUGGUGGCGUUCAAAGGUUGGCCCCCCCUCUCCUGGCUGGUGAUUGACGGGAAGCAUCUGACCAAGCCCCCCAAGGACUGGCACCCAGCGGCCCUGGAUGCCGGGGUAGGGACUGCCUACAUCGAGUACAAAACCAGCAAGGACGGCAGCACUGUGGGCAUCACCGUGUCCCACGCAUCCCUGCUGGCGCAGUGUCGGGCUCUGACCCAGGCGUGUGGGUACUCAGAAGCAGAGACUGUGACGAAUGUGUUGGAUUUCAAAAGGGAUGCUGGACUGUGGCAUGGAGUGCUGACGAGCGUCAUGAACAGGCUGCAUGUGGUCAGCAUACCGUACGCGCUGAUGAAGGUGAACCCGCUCUCCUGGAUUCAGAAAGUCUGCUUCUACAAAGCCCAGGCCGCCCUGGUGAAGUCGCGAGACAUGCACUGGUCCCUGCUGGCUCAGCGAGGGCAGAGAGACGUCAGUCUCAGCUCUCUGCGCAUGCUCCUUGUGGCUGAUGGCGCCAACCCCUGGUCCAUAUCCUCCUGCGAUGCCUUCCUCAAUGUCUUCCAGUCCAGGGGCCUGAGGCCGGAGGUCAUCUGUCCUUGCGCCAGCUCUCCUGAGGCACUGACGGUCGCCUUGCGCAGGCCACCUGACCUAGGAGGACCCCCUGCGCAGAAAGCUGUCCUGUCGAUGAGUGGUCUGAGUUACGGCGUAAUUAGGGUCGACACUGAAGAGAAGCUGUCGGUGCUCACAGUCCAGGACGUCGGCCAGGUGAUGCCAGGAGCAAGCAUGUGUGUCGUGAAGCUGGAGGGGACCCCUUACCUCUGCAAGGCAGAUGAAGUUGGGGAGAUCUGUGUGGACUCCAGGGCCACUGCGACUGCGUACUAUGGGCUGCUCGGGAUCACAAGGAACGUAUUUGAGACCAUGCCAGUCACUGCAGCAGGAGUCCCUGUCUCUGACCGGCCUUUCACCAGGACUGGCCUGCUGGGCUUCAUUGGGCCUGAUAGCCUGGUGUUUGUCGUGGGCAAGCUGGACGGGCUGAUGGUCGUUGGGGUACGCAGGCACAAUGCAGACGACGUUGUGGCCACUGCACUGGCCGUGGAGCCCAUGAAGUUUGUCUACAGAGGCAGGAUUGCUGUGUUUUCGGUGACUGUGCUGCACGAUGACCGCAUUGUCCUGGUGGCCGAGCAGCGGCCUGAUGCCUCAGAGGAGGACAGCUUCCAGUGGAUGAGCCGCGUGCUGCAGGCCAUCGACAGCAUCCACCAGGUGGGCGUGUACUGCCUGGCUCUGGUUCCUGCCAACACACUGCCCAAGGCUCCGCUUGGAGGGAUUCACAUCUCUGAAACCAGACAGCGCUUCCUGGAAGGGACACUGCAUCCAUGCAACGUGCUGAUGUGCCCCCACACCUGCGUCACCAACCUCCCCAGGCCACGCCAGAAGCAGCCAGAGGUUGGACCGGCCUCCAUGGUCGUUGGGAACCUGGUGUCAGGGAAGAGGAUCGCGCAGGCCUCGGGGAGAGAGCUGGCCCACAUGGAGGACAGCGACCAGGCACGCAAGUUCCUGUUCCUGGCUGACGUGCUGCAGUGGCGGGCCCACACCACACCCGACCACCCGCUGUUCCUGCUGCUCAAUGCUAAGGGCACAGUCACCAGCACAGCCACCUGCGUCCAGCUGCACAAGAGGGCCGAGCGGGUGGCCGCGGUCCUGAUGGAGAAGGGGAGGCUGCGUGUCGGGGACCACGUGGCUCUGGUGUAUCCCCCAGGGGUGGACCUCAUUGCUGCCUUCUACGGCUGCCUGUACUGUGGCUGUGUGCCAGUCACCGUGCGGCCCCCACACCCCCAGAACCUCGGCACCACACUGCCCACCGUCAGGAUGAUUGUGGAGGUCAGCAAGUCUGCAUGCGUCCUCACCACCCAGGCCAUCACACGGCUGCUCAGGUCCAAGGAGGCAGCCGCUGCUGUGGACAUCAGGACCUGGCCAACCAUCCUUGACACAGAUGAUGUGCCCAAGAAGAGGGUGGCCAGCAUAUUCAGACCCGCCUCCCCAGAUGUGCUGGCAUACUUGGACUUCAGCGUGUCAACCACGGGGAUAUUAGCAGGCGUGAAGAUGUCGCAUGCGGCCACCAGUGCUUUGUGUCGCUCCAUCAAGCUCCAGUGUGAGCUGUACCCCUCGCGGCAGGUUGCCAUCUGCCUGGACCCCUACUGUGGCCUGGGCUUGGCCCUGUGGUGCCUGUGCAGUGUCUACUCAGGACAUCAGUCAGUGCUGGUGCCCCCACUGGAGCUGGAGAGCAACGUGGCACUGUGGCUGUCAGCCGUCAGCCAAUACAAGGCACGUGUCACCUUCUGCUCCUACUCGGUGAUGGAGAUGUGCACCAAGGGACUGGGCACACAGACAGCCACGCUCAGGAUGAAGGGUGUGAACCUGUCCUGUGUGCGAACCUGCAUGGUGGUGGCAGAGGAGCGGCCCCGCAUCGCGCUCACACAGUCCUUCUCCAAGCUCUUCAAGGACCUGGGUCUGCCUGCGCGUGCUGUGAGCACCACCUUUGGGUGCAGGGUCAAUGUGGCCAUCUGCCUCCAGGGCACGGCUGGCCCGGACCCUACGACCGUGUACGUGGACAUGCGGGCCCUGCGCCAUGACAGAGUGCGUUUGGUGGAACGGGGUUCUCCACACAGCCUGCCGUUGAUGGAGUCUGGAAAGAUUCUCCCCGGAGUGAAGGUCAUCAUCGCACACACCGAGACCAAGGGGCCCCUGGGAGACUCGCACCUGGGAGAGAUCUGGGUGAGCAGCCCCCACAACGCCACUGGGUACUACACUGUCUAUGGGGAGGAGGCACUUCAUGCUGACCACUUCAGUGCCCGGCUGAGCUUUGGGGACAGCCAGACCAUCUGGGCCAGGACUGGGUACCUUGGCUUCCUUCGAAGGACGGAGCUUACUGAUGCCAGUGGAGAGCCACAUGAUGCGCUGUACGUGGUCGGGUCCCUGGAUGAAACGCUGGAGCUGAGGGGUAUGCGCUACCACCCCAUCGACAUUGAGACUUCUGUUAUCCGAGCCCACAGGAGCAUCGCCGAGUGUGCUGUCUUCACCUGGACCAACCUGCUGGUGGUAGUGGUGGAGCUGGAUGGUCUGGAACAAGAAGCACUGGACCUGGUGGCACUGGUGACCAACGUAGUGCUGGAGGAGCACUACCUGGUGGUGGGCGUAGUGGUCCUGGUGGACCCGGGCGUCAUUCCCAUCAACUCCCGUGGUGAGAAGCAGCGCAUGCACUUGCGGGAUGGCUUCCUGGCCGACCAGCUGGACCCUAUCUACGUGGCCUACAACAUGUGAGCACUAUGCACAUGCGACGUGGC